CUAUUGCGAAGUGCUCGCUUAGGUAGCUCUCCAACCACCAACGUAAGUCGUCUCAGCCGAAGCCAGAGAUCACUUCUCUGAACUGAGGACUGCCCCGCCCUCCCCGCUCGCCAGCUUGGGUGCAAAGCGCAGCGAGGCUGCUUGCAGCCCUGCGCAGCGCCGCGCGCCGUCGCCGGCUCCCCGCGGUCCACGAGAGAGUAACAACGCACGCGAGAGAGUAACAAGCGCUCACUUUGUUACGCGCGCGCAGCUCGCCGCCGACGACACAAAAAGCAAAAAUGCCGACCAAAUCGAAAGCCGCGAAGAAGAAGACCGUCAAGUUCUACGUCGACUGCUGGCAGCCCGUCGAGGACUCCGUGCUUGACGUCGCGACCUUCGAGAAGUUCCUGCGGGACACGAUCAAGGUCGACAACAAGGCGGGCAACCUCGGCGACAAGGUCGUCCUCAGCACGGAGAAGACGAAGGUCGUCGUCCAGGCGACGGACGGCGUCAUCGCGAAGCGGUACCUGAAGUACUUGACGAAGAAGUACCUCAAGAAGCAGCAGCUCCGCGACUACCUCCACGUCGUCGCGACGGCGAAAAACACGUACGAGAUGCGCUACUUCAGCAUCAACUCCGAGGGCGACGACGAGGCGUAA